AUGUUGAUGACGAAGCAUCGGUUGAAAGCAAAGAGGUCCGCUCGCUGCUGGGCCAAAACCUUGGAGGCUAGACAUAGUGUGCUAUUAUAUAAGCUGUACCACCUUGAGUACUGGCCUAUGCUUGAGAGGAUAGACCUGGCAUGGCGUUGGCUGAUAACAGGGCUUUUGGAGGAGUGGCAUUACGACACCCUAGGAAGAGGAGAGAAGGAUAUGACUGGGUUAAAAGUUCCAGAGCUUUUAUACCUGGAGAUGCCAAGUCCUACGGGGAUCUGCGAGGGAUUGGUCCAAGAGUUGGACUCUCGGACAUUAUGGGAUGAGUACGGCAUUGAUGAGGAUAUCACGCCAUUUACAUACCAUUUUCCACGAGCUGACAUCCAUGAGCUGUUGUCUGCAGAUCUGCUGCACCAGCUCAUCAAGGGGACUUUCAAGGACCACCUCGUUCAAUGGGUUGGCAACUACCUGUACCUUGAACAUGGUGAGAUCAAAUUGACCGUCGCAAAGUUUAGUAUCGCAGCAGCACCUGCAUUCCCUGGUAUCCACUGCUUCCCUCAUGGCCGACGUUUCAAGCAAUGGAUGGGAGAUGACUCCAAGGCAUUGAUGAAGGUUUACCUGCCAGCUAUAUCAGGAUUUGUACCCACCAAAAUGUGUCCCGGUGUCCAUCCAACUGGCUUCAACCUCCCUCGUCAACACUCCCUUGUCCACCUAAUCAAGCAGAUCCAGGAGUUCGGUGCUCCUGGAGGACUCUGCUCAUCUAUCACUGAAUCUUGCCACAUCACUGCCGUCAAGAGGCUGUGGCGCCGCUCUAAUCGAUAUGAGGCCCUUGGCCACAUGUUGCUCACUAACCAACGCCUUGACAAGCUCAUCUGCACUUGUGCUGAUUUCGUCACACAUGCCAUGUUACCUCCAACUCAUGUGCCACCCCCAAAACCAGUCCUUAUCCCUGACGACGAUGGCGAUGUGGGAGUGAUUGAUGAAUAUGUAGCUGGGAACGUUACCCUUGCUAGGACUAGAGCACAUACCUAUCCUCGCGGCCUCAAGGACCUGGCUCAACAUAUCCAGCACCCAGAGCUCAUUGAGCUCACCCAACAUUUCCUUUAUGACCAACUACACACAAAUGAUGGCACCUCGUCAGCCAAUGUUCCCCUACAACAAUGUCCUCACCCAUCCAGCAAAAUCUCGGUGUUCCAUUCCGCGGUCGCCACAUUCUAUGCACCUAGCGACAAGUCCAGCAUCAGGGGCAUGAGGACUGAACACAUCCGUUCAACCCCUUCAUGGCAGAAGCAAGGGCUGCGAUAUGACUGUGUGCUGGUUGUCGACGAUGAAGACAAGCCCGGAAUUCAGGGGAUGAGUGUGGUCAGGGUCAACCUUCUCUUCUCAUUUACCCAUGAUGUGAAGACAUACUCCUGUGCCUUCGUUGAAUGGUUUAAACAUGUCGGUGCAAGGCCUGACCCUGAGACGGGUAUGUGGAAGGUCAAGCCUGACACAUACAGAAACAGCCAGCGUAUCAUCUCUGUUCUCCACCUAGACACCUUCCUUUGUGGUGCUCAUAUUCUACUGGUGUUUGGGAGAGAUUACGAGGUCUUAUCAGUGCCCCCCUAA